UCUCAAAAUGAUGGAUGGGGACAGGAUUUAAUGUGCCUUUUCAGGACACAAAUGCGUUGCUGCUUCAUCCUCACUCACUGAGGCUCGACUGUCCGUGGUGUUUGAGCAGCUGGAUCAACAAAUGCUAAUAUUGACUCUCUUCCUGCCCUGUGGGGCUACUGAGAUUUUAAAUGUUGAAGCUGCUUAACUGAAGCUCUCAAGGUUUCAUUGUUUGCCAAAGACCAAACUGAAGCUUAGGGAGAGAGUCUUGGUUUCUUGGCUGUAAGCUGAGUGUCCUCUCUAAUGAAAUCGUUGCAAUGGGAAAAGAAUUCUGCAAGACAAAUGCUAAAAUAGUGUCUGAAGAUUGUCCCUGAGAUAAAGAACAACUGUAUUGUAUUCCCUUCAUAGGAAAAGGGAUGUUGUCCUGGAGGUUGAAAAGACCGAGGGUUUUACAGGAUCAGGCUCCUUGUUAAGCCUGCAAGAAGCAUCAACUGGUUUUCAUACACCAUCCCUGCAUUAAGAAGUUGACUCCAUGCAAAUAAAAUACAAGGAAAGAUGGAGAAGAGGUGGAAGAAGAGGCUCUGAGACUGUCCCAGGAGCUGUCCCUUGGUUCCCAAUUUUGAGGUCAUGCUUGUGUGGUCAGUCUCCAUCACCUCCACCAUCAGCCCUGGAGAGCAGUGCAGUGAGAAGUCAAUCACCCACCGCCACCACGGCGUAGAGGAACGAGCAGUUACCACAUCAGCAGGAAAGUGAUGCACACACGGUUGUAUCUCGCAGAGAAUGAAGAAAAUGGCUGGAGAAAGGUCAAAUUUGUGACUGUUGUACGUUGUGAAAUGUACAUUGUGAAACUAAUGAAAAACUUAUGAAAUUGGUUUCUACUGAGCAGAGGAAAAGCAGAAUCUGGCCCAUGGGGAGAAGCUUGUGAUGUGCUGCAGUAACAGCUUGACAGAGAGUGUGGACUGUUUAUUCCUUGGGAGCAUCUCCAGCUGCUGUGUCAAAGUUCUGGUCCUCCACUGGUAGAACUUUUUCCAACCAUAUAAACCACAAUUAUCCCCUGAGGAAUGACACUGCAAAUAUGUUUAUUUCAUGUCCUUGAUCAUUAUUCCACAUAUUUUGCCCAGUUCAAAAGGGCAAAGAUGUCCUUUUCUGAACAGCUGGUGUCACUGCUGGGCUCAAACGUCUGGAUCUGGAGUUCUCUCCACGUGCCAUCAGCAUCCAUGGUCUGUCUGGGGGAUGUUGGAGAUGUUUUCUUGGUGGAGACAUCAAAUGGUUCAGGAGGUGUUUCAACGUGAACAUCCAGAUUUUUUUUUUUUUUUUUAAAAGCAAAAAGAAAAAAAAUAUUUAGAAAUUUAAAUAACUUCAGAGGAAAUCUGGACUAUCACAUUGGUCUACAUUAAACCCCAACAGAAUUAAAGAGAGAUCGUACUGUUGCAAGAGCCAAGUGUCGCCCCGCUGCCGUCGUCCACAGAGGAUGUUGCUCAAGUCCUAUAUGGAAACAAACUGUGCUUUCAAACCAAAUGAAAUAAAUCUCUUCAUGCUGAGUGUUAUGGAUUUUUUUUACUGGAUUGUUAAGUGUUGUUUAACACCUUGAAUACACCGUGUUGAUGCUCUUCAUUUGCAGAGUUGACAGUUGACAAACAGCUCCUGGAUGCGAGUCAGGACAUGGUUUUGGUGACUGCACAGACACAAUCUGUAUCGACCUCCCUUUUUUCCUUAGGUACUCCAGUUAUCAUCAGAUUAAAUUCUACUUUCCCCCUCACUUUUAAAUGAAGAUUUUCUGAGCUGCACUAAAUUUUGGUCUACAUAUCCCCAGCGUUAUUCCUUCCACGGCUUUUGCUCCCUGACAGACCUGCAGACUGCUCUGCCUUUCGCCUGGGAGUGAACAGCCACUCAUUCAUCUGGCUGAGUACAAUCCUGCUGAAGUCAAUGGGUGUUCUGUCUUUCACUUCCAAGACUCUUGACUUGCAGCCUGUGCCUCAAACGAGCGUCAGGAAGUUCCCAGUGACAGCAGCCAAAGCCGUGGAUUGGAUUAAAUGUGCCUGCAAAGCCGGUGAUUCAGCUCUGCUGACACGAUGAGACAGAACAUAUCACAUGGCAACAGUAUCUGAGAGCUGUUCUCAAAAAUCCUUUAGGAAAUGCAGGAUGAUACAUUGGGCCAAGGAAUACACUGUUUUGUCUUCUGGCAGGUUGUAAAUGCUUCAGGAGCAGAGUCCUGUGACUGUUUGAACCACCCUGGCUGUGAAAUGAGAAUAUCCUAAUGCUGACAAGUGUUCUGCUGUUACCUGCAUCCCCAGAGCCUUCUCUGCAGCAGCCAGUCCCCAUUUUGGAGAAUGGAAGAAGAGAAAAGGAGUUAAUAUGGCUCAGCAUUUAGUAUAAUUUUGUAGGGUUUUUUGUUCUUACAUGUUCAAAUACCAAAGAGGUGAGUCAUAAAAGAGAGCAUUUUGUCCCCCAUAUUAAAAAUGAAAGAAAAUUACACUGUUAUUGUUAUGUGUAGAACUGUACUUCCACUCUUGAUUAAGCCCACUCACUACAAAUUACCCCAGCCUGAACAGGCAAGAUUCAGUCAGUAAUGGUGAUGUGUUUCUCUUCUGGCCAUUCAAAAAUUUGGGUCUAUGCUGGCACAAAAAAUGGAUACCUUUGAAAGGAGCCAACCCUUGAUUCUGAAAUAUCACAUGGAACUUUAAAAACUGUGUUUUAAAAAAAAAAACGUUUCAUCUGCUGUUCAUGAGUCAGACAAAUGGGUACAGAGCUACCACAUGAAGCUUCCUAUAAAUUCUCGAUGGGAAUGCUUUCCAGUUGAUGGGUUCACAGGAAGAACAUCCUCAGAGACCUGCUGUGAAGUCACCUUGCUAUGACUCCAUUUCUCGUCCCUCAUUUCUAAAGGGUACAAAGUAAUGCAUAAAACUGCACAUAAGAAACUGCACAAAGAAGGUUCCUGACAUCUUCCAAGUGUGCCUUGAAAAAAAAACAACUAAACAAGAAAGUACCAGAUAUACACAAGGUUUACAAAUGAAGAAGAAGAAAGGAAAUUAUCAUCAUGCAGUUCCUUCUGCUAUAGCCAAGUCAGUCACUGUUUGAAGCAAUCAGAUAGGGUAACAGUAUGUGAUUAAGAUGAAAGGCUAUCUCUGAGCAGAAAUAAAUGCAAAUCAAUAAGCUGAUGUAAUGAGAGGUUUCAAUAGCCACUUCUAAUAUUUAGCAUAGGGUGGCAUGAUCCAUUAGUGAAUCACUUGACCAAUGAGCAGCAUCUUCAUUUUUAUGUUUAUGCAAACUUCGCUCAGAACAAAUGUCAGUAAGACAGUAAAGAAUGAAAUGUGUUGUUGAUUGUUGUAUUGCAUAUCCUGGCAUAUUGCAAAUAUUCUGGAUUAGACUGGAAACUUCUGGGUUUAGUAAUUUUUUUUCCACUUGGGAGUUUUGUCUGUGCCUCUGGUAGCUGGAUGAUGGAUGCUUGAGCUCCCUCCUCCUCUGCUAACAGGCCGUGAUGAGUCAGUCAAAUUCAGCUGUUCAAGCAGAGUAGCUGAUGUUUGUGGUCUGCCUAGGAAGGAAUUGCUCUGCAGGUCUGCUGGUACCUCAGAAACAAUCAGUUUGUUUGCUAUCAGUAGUACCAUCAGCCACUUGAUAGCCAAAGUCCUCCGUUAAAGGAAUGCCUCUGAAUGGACUUCUUAGACUCUUCUUGUGAGAACAAGAUCACAGAAUCACAGCAUGUGCUGAGCUGGAAGGGACCCACAAGGAUCACUGAGUCCAACCCUUGGCUCUGCACAUCCCCAAGAGUCCCCCUGUGCCCCAGAGGAUCAUCCAACCCUCCUGCAGCUCUGGCAGCCUUGGGGCUGUGCCCACUGCCCUGGGGAGCCUGGUCAGUGCCAACCACCCUCUGGGGGAAGAACCUUUUGCUGAGAUCCAACCUAAACCUCCCUGACACAAGUUCAGGCCAUUCCCUCAGGUCCUGUCUCUGGUCACCACAGAGGACUGAUCAGUUAGAAUAGAAAACCUCUCUUUGCUCUCUGUAGUGAAAAGAACUGCAGUGCAAAUACGAAUGUCACAAAUUAUAGCAAACCUUUGUGUGUGUGUGUGUGUGUCCCCAAAUUUCACCAAGGAAAUUGAGAAUAUUUCCUGUUUAAUCUGUCUACAGCCAUUUGCUGGGAGCCGUGCCUUAUUAUCAAGAAACAAAGAAUUAACUUCCUUGCUGAUAGGGAUGUUUAGAAAAUAAACCACCAUUAUUCAUGGCUGUACUUCCAGUAAGACCAAACAGUCCCUUCUGAGAUAUGGGCAGGUGGAAAUCUCAGCAGAAGGAUGGGUGUUUGUUGUUAUGGUUCCUGAUGACCUUUCUUGGUUCCACUCUGCCCUGCUAGUGAAUGCCUAGUGGCACACGGGUGUUUUUAACCUCCUGGGCUGAUUCGUGGCUUGUUGCAAAACACCAUUAAUUUGUAUUUAACUACCUAGGAAUUUCCUCCUUCCACUGCAUUGGCCAGUGUCCCAAUUCAGGCAACUCAUGCCACAGUUUGUGACUGUUUUAUGAACUCCUUCGUGGCGAGGCAUGAAGGUCAGAGUGGCGGUUAUCGGAAUGACAAAGCCGCGGGACACGGCAAGUAUUUUAUCCGCCCACCUCAAGAAUCAAGCAAACCCAGGAUCCUGAGGCCAGAUCUUCAAGGAGACACACUGCAACUUCCAUUGCUUGCUUCAGACGAGUUCUUCAUAAAAAUUCCUAUUCAGGCCUGCUUGGUAGUCCCAGACACUGAUGGAUGAAAGAACUUAAGUGGAGAAACUGUCCAAGGAACACCGUUAGCCCUGAGUGAGCCGGUAUGUGCACGGGGUGUGUGUCCAGCGAUGUGCUCAUCUCCAUCCCGGACAGUAUUCCUGGGGGGGUACCCCUUCCCCAGCUCCCUGCGCGCUGGCACAGAGCGCAGCUGGGAAGAAGCACGUGGAGAGGGAAGAGAUGAGGCUGCGGCUCAGGACACCCCCCGGGCUGUGACACGCCAGGCUGGAGCCUCCUCUGCCCCCGGCACGGCGCGGGGGAGGCUCGGCGGGGCAGCCCGGCCGGGCACGGGUGAGAAAUGUCCUGGGAGUAGAGAUGGGAGAUAAAGCGUAAAGCAACCCGUAGAGUGGGUUUCUGAAUUAGGGAGCGUCUCAAAACCAAGUUUGAGCCUCGGCGAGGGCGCUGGGAAGUCGAAGGCUUCGGUGGUGGUUAGGUUAAGGCUUUGAAACAAGAAAUUGUGAGAGGAGAAUUGUUUGGAAGAGAUGCCUUUUGAUUGCAAGACUGCUGAAAUGCUUUGAGGGCUGCGCCUCCUCUCCUAACCAUGAACAGUUCAAAAUCACCAGGGCUGGCUGGAUUUGGAGUCCUGAGAAACUCAACCUGCCACACGGAGAAAAAAAUUUCCGUUUUCUUUUCGAUAAUCUUCAUGACGGUGGGAAUUUUGUCCAACAGUCUUGCCAUAGCAAUUCUCCUGAAGGCAUACCAGAGAUUUAGACAGAAAUCAAAAGCCUCCUUUUUGCUUCUUGCCAGUGGCUUGGUCGUCACAGAUCUCUUCGGCCACCUCAUCAACGGAGCCAUUGCGGUGUUUGUGUACGCGUCGGACAAAGACUGGAUUCGAUUUAACCAGUACAACAUUCUUUGCAGUGUUUUUGGCAUCUGCAUGGUUUUCUUUGGUCUGUGCCCUCUCUUCCUGGGCAGCGUGAUGGCUGUUGAACGGUGCAUUGGAGUCACCAAGCCAAUAUUUCACUCCACAAAAAUGACUUCUAGACAUGUGAAAAUGAUGUUGACUAUGGUGACCAUGGCCCGAAUUGGGAUCAGCGAGGGCCGCUCCGGGGAGACGUGCGAGACCAUCCUUUUCGCUCUCCGGAUGGCCACGUGGAACCAGAUCUUGGACCCCUGGGUGUACAUCCUGCUCCGCAAGGCCGUGCUGAGGAACCUGUACAGGAUCACGAGGGGCUGCUGCGGCGUGCACAUCGUCAACCUGCACGUGUGGGAGCUCAGCUCCAUCAAGAACUCUCUGAAGGUCGCAGCGAUAUCCGAGUCGCCGAGUUCCAAACAGGUGAACCUGCAGCCGCUCAGCUCGAUGGGACAGUGAAAGUUUGACACAGCCUGUGAAGAGACGGUGGAGGCAGCACCUUGCAGUGAAUUCCAAGGCUCGGUGGUUUGGCACAUGUUUUGAAUUGUCAGUGGUUUGAUGUUGCUAUUCCAAGAGGUGCCCUUGAAUGUUUUAAUUCUUUCUGGGAUGCGUCCCUUCCAAAAAUGGGAGUGGAGUGAUAAAUCAUCCCUUCCAGGUAUUGAAGUGAACGGGGCUCCUUAUAAAACUCCCUGCCAAACCCGUUGCCUUAGAAGGUUUCUUAAGACUGGAUGCAAGUGCAAAAGUGAUUUCCAAGGUGAUUUUUUUAAAGGAGUAGAUUUUAACUACCAGAGGUAACCCCAAAUCCUGUGCAGAAUCACUGCUUUCUAGGAUAAAGUCCAGUGUCCUUUCCAUAAGGGCAUUCUCUGCUUCUAGGCAUUGAAUUUACCAGCUGUAUAUAUAAAAGACAUUUUGCUUGUGCCUAGUUUAUGAAAUGAGCCACUUUGCUUGGUUCAUUGACUUGACCUCUUGAUUAUUCCGUGAAUUUUUGGGAGAGCUGCAAACUUCCAUCAGUGCAAUUGUUCCUUUCAGCUCACUGACAAAACCCAAGGAUUCCCGUGGGAACACAGGAGCAGAUCAGCUCAGCUUGCUUAGUUACAUUUUCAGAUUCAUCUGUGAGUUUUUAGUCCUUUCAACAAAUUUUGAUGAAACAAACAGGCAUAAAGCAGUGGUUAGUCCGUAAAAAUAGGUUUUCCCCUCCCUCCCAGAGCUGAAGGACAGUUCUGGAAGUGUUCCCUUAGUGCAUAUACUGAAACGCUCACGUGGUAGCUCUGCUUCAUUUGUGAAAGGUCACGUGUGUCUGGUGAAAAUGUGUGUGACCAAAUGGACAGCUCUGCAGGGGACUGCUCUGGGAGCAGGGCUUUGCUUGGGAAAGCUGAAUGCUCAGCUUUUGCAGGGUCUGUGUCUGAAGAGCUGAGCACAUUCACUGUAUUUGAAGGUACCAGGAGGUUUCCAGGACUUCACACAGAAGGCUCUUCACCUUUGAUGCUGCUAAAAGAAGCUUUGGUUUUUGGGACUGUGUGCUGUUCAGAAGCAAAACAUGAGAGGUGGUGUUUUAGGAUUAAAAGAUCUAUUUUUAUUUUUAUCUACUUAACUUCAAAUAACUACAUUAGUGAAGUGUUGUUAUGUUUGAACAAAGUAGUUAAAACCAGAUUUCACCAAGAAGACAGUCUGAGGGACCAAAACUAUUCACAAAGUACGAAUUCUUGUUGUAUGUGAGAAUAGUUUAAGUCAGAAAAUAAAAAAAACCCAAAAGGUUUAAAUAUUUCUUUUUUUUUUUUUUAAAGCUAUUUCCUUUUUGUUUUAAAAAAGUUGAAAGAUAAGUGGGUUAAAUAACCCUGUAACGAAAUGGCUUCGUUUACCCUAAAGAAUUCCUGCGUGUGAUUUAUUUUCUCAGUCGUGGAGCUGAUAAGCCGUGGACAGAGUUGUUGCUGGCGUAAAAGUUCUGCCCUGUUGCUUCUCGCGGGUUCUGCUGAAACCUGGGGGCGUUCAGUCAGUGCUCGGUUUGGCUUUUUCGUUUCGUGGGGCGUGAUGUCAGUGUAUCUGUUGAUGUAAAUUAUUUGUUCCUUACGGGAGAUUGUUGUUUUGGCAGCCGCAAAAAAAAAAAAUGUUGGCCGGUAAAUUGUUGAGGUGUUUGCUCGGUGAGUGAAGCUCGACAGUGUUGUGUUUUGUUAUGUGAGUAAACGUAGCCCGUGUGGUUCGUACUGGUGGACUUGUGAACCAAACAGAAGUUUAUUUGUAUAUGUGAUUUCUUAUAUUUUUGUGUACUAAAUACGUGUUGAAUGUAAAUUGUAAAGCCUCAUUAAAGUUACCAAACUGUGUCCUGGGA